AUGUCGGCUUGUUCGCUUACUAAAUUGUCGGCCUCUACCAUUGUGCAGGAUGGAUGUAUUGUGGAAGGAUACGACUUGAGCACAUUGCCAAGAGCUGUUCUACAAGAACUUCUUUUGACUUCCAUUUCUCAAUCUAGGAUUCUCAGUUUAAGAAUUUUGAUCGUAAAGUGGCCUUUAAGACAACUCAUACUGCAAAAUGUUCAAGGUUUUGAUGAACCGAAAGCAGUUCUCCUUGCUUACUGUUUGCAGAGAUUUAAACACGAUUUACGACUUGUCGACAUUAGGGGAUGCAACAUUGGUCUUCAUGGGACCACGGCAUUUUGCAAGCUAGCUGCUGAUAUUCAAGUUUCAGACAAUGAUGUGUUGGGAAUGAAAAUUUUGGACACACGUCCAACUGCAGAAUUCCUAAAAGGAAACUUUCCAACAAAAGUUUCAUGCCAGAGAAUUCCCCCAACAGUGAUUAUGUUAGAUUGUAUUGUUGACAAAGACAACUGUGGCCUUGUAAUCCAGGCUUGCACUAAGCACUCAGUUAUGGAUUUAAAGAUAUCACAUUUAACAGUACAUUCCAUUAGAAGGAAUAAGCUUCGCACCCUGUUGUCUUCUUUGGAGUCUUCAAUAAUCAAAGGCUUAAACCUGGCAAUGAAUGGACUACAGGAAGAGGGAUUCAAUGUCAUUUCCCCCAUUAUUACAACCUUCACAAAUUUAACAGAUCUUAAUCUUUCCUACACUGGUAUAACAAGUCAAAACACUUCCGCUAUUCAGCAAAUAGCCAAUAUCUGCCACAGACUAAAAACAAUAAUGAAGCUUGAUAUGUCUGGUAAUUAUAUCCGGUCUGGAGUGUACGCUAUUCUACAUCAUCUACAGUCACCUUUGACUCAUCUGGAUCUGAGAGGAUGUGGCGUGCGAGAAUCUGACCUCUGUGAAAUGUGCAAACUAGACACUUUAAAGCAUUUGAAGUCUUUGAAACUAAAUGGAGGUGCAUUUGUGAACUGUAUUGAACUGUUGUGCCGUUUUGUUCUUAAGUCAGCUGGAACAUUGGAGUUUUUGUCACUAGAAGAUCACAUGUUUGAUUCAUCCAGUAUUUCUCCCCUUUGUCAGAUGAUCAAAACACUACCUCUGCUAAAGAGAUUGUCACUAAGCUACAACCAUUUUUUGCCUGAUGAUAUUAGAACAAUCAAAGACAAGUUUCCAGCCAUGGACUUGGUUUACAAGGAGUGGCUCUAUUAACCUCAGGUAUUCAAGGCAUUUAAAUUGUAUUCAGCCCAGGGCUGGGUUCAUUAAAGGUGGUUAAGAUAA